AUGGAGCCCGGGACACAGAGGAUGGAGCCCGGGACACAGAGCUGUCGCGGCGGCAGAGCGCGUUGCUCCAGGCGCAUCAUGCUGAGCCUCGGCCACACGCAGCACGACAGCUACAGCCCUGCCUCGUCCUUCCCUCGGACUCUGGGCUAUCCCUACGCCAGUCACCCCAGCAGCCCGUACCUGGGCUCCGUGCAGACCUACCAAAACAGCUCUGCGCUCUCACAGACGCGCUUGGAAGACGCAGUGCCAGAAGCCGAGAAAAACACUGUGGUGGAAGGCGGGGAAGUGCGCUUCAACGGAAAAGGGAAAAAAAUCAGGAAACCAAGGACAAUCUAUUCGAGUUUACAACUGCAGGCGCUGAACAGACGGUUUCAGCAGACCCAGUACCUGGCGUUACCAGAGAGAGCGGAGCUGGCGGCGUCUCUAGGGCUCACGCAAACACAGGCAAGUCCUCGAUGCACAUGCCAUCACAUUAGCUCCAGCUGA